AUGACUAAAGUUUAAAUUAAGUAAUUAAGUUAAAAAUUCGUUAAUUAUGUAAAUUACAGACCUCUGGACGUUUUCUUCAUGCUAGCAAGUCCUCUGAUAACAUAGGCCUUAGUGUUCACCAACAUUACAGUCCAACACAGAUCUAAGGAUCCACAAAAACACCAAACCUUUCAGUUAUGCUGUCUGGGUAUAGUGAGAGAAAGAACAGGAUGGUCAGAUUGAGAAAGGAAACAUUGACAUGUUAUAAAACUCACUAACUUCCUUGUGCAUGAGAUUUGUAGAACUUUAAUCUCUACUGUGACAAAUAACAGUCAGGAGGUGUUUCCUAAAGCCUCUGGAGGCUGGCCGUUUGACACUGACAGAAGAUUUACACAUGAACUGACUAGCUGACAUCACAUUCAUCUUCAGCUCUCUUGGCACCAACAGCAAAUGGAUGAACUGUCUCUGUCACAUCAAACUGUCUGCAUGCUGUUGCUGAAGGAAUAUUGACAUUCGCUGUAUGAUUGAUACUACUCGUAAAUUGGUUGUCCUGAUUAAAACAGCCAGUUACAUAGAUUGGGGCCAAAACAUUUUACUAGGAAAGGAGUUUGGGGAAAAUUGUCAAGUGUCAGAAACAACAUGGCAAACCCACAUGGCCUGCCGAAGGACUUCAAAACUGCCCUUCUGGUCUUAUAUACAUUCAUCUUUCUCUUUGGGACUCUGAAUGUUAUACUAAUGUCCUGUAUGCUACAGUUUCGAAGACAUCUCUCUUUCACCAAAGUGUCUGUGAUCAACCUGAUAGCAGUCCACUCCAUUUUCCUUCUCACGGUGCCUUUUCGCAUUUACUAUUAUGCUUCUGAUAUAAACUGGACUAUAGGCAGUGAUCUCUGCAAAUUGGUCAGUCUUAUGGUCCAUGGCCACAUGUAUCUUGCAUUCAUCUUCUAUGUCUCCCUUCUAAUUGUGCGUUAUGUGGAGCACUCUAGUCAGCGGCACAAGCUAGAGUUUCAUCGCAUCCUUCACGCCACGGUUGCAAGCGCAACUGUCUGGUUGGUCAUGUUUUGCUCUGUGUUCCCAACUGUUUUUAACUACGGAGACAAACACACUGAUUCAACCCCGUGCUUUCAUUUCAGUAAGGCUCUCGACGAUCAUAGAGUGAAGAUAUUAAACUAUGUUCUUUGUACACUAGUAAUACUGGUUUGGAGUGUGCUAGCAUUUUUCCAAGUUUAUUUUCUAAUCGACGUGAGUAAGACAUUUGGAAAGGCCACAUGUCAACGUCAAGAGUUCUGGGCACAAGUGAAAAAUGUUGUUUUCCUGUCGGUCAUGUUUUUUAGUUUUGUGCCUUAUCAAGGAUUCAGAGUAUAUUAUGUGAGUGUAUAUGACAAUACCACAGGAAUACCAAAUACCACAGCAAUACCAAAUACCACAGGAAUACCAAAUGCCAAAGAAAUACGAAAUACUGAUGAAAUUCAUCAUAUAAAUGAAGUAUUUCUUGCUGUCACUGCUUUCAGCUGCUUUGAUAUGAUUGUUUUUGCUGGUAGAGACGUAUGCAAACUUAUAAAUUCAAGGGGAUGGUUUAACUGUUUAUAGCAUCUAUGUUGUAUAUUGUUUUUGAUAUUGUGAAUUGUUUUCCAUUUUGGUUUCCAAAUGGUUUUCAUUUUUUGAUGCUUUUGCACAUUAU